AUGGGAGCAGGACAAAAGAAGAAUAUGAGCAAAAUUUCCAUGCAGGUCAGGCGGGUGCAGGGUGACUGGGAGGAGACGGUCACGGAGGAAAGAAGGGGAUCCGCAUGGCGGGUCGACCUCAUCUUCCAGGAUUCAGGCCAGCGUUGGCCCAUGGUCUCGGAUCCCAAGGCGGCAUAUGGGGAGGAGGACUGGAGUAGGAUUUACAACCCAGGAUCAUUUGACGUACAGCAGAACAUGGGGGCCCAUUUGACUCAGAUGCUGCCUGGCUAUUAUUGCAUGCAAGACUCCGAAGGCCCCGAAGGCCCCGGUGCUCGACAUGAAUCGCCCCAGGAAGCGGAGUGGGACUAUUGGAUGCAACGGUUGCACAACGACCCGGAGACUUGUCUUGAAGGCCGUCCGACGUUCUUGUUGGCCGCCCUCUAUCUACAAGCACGUACUUCCGUCCGGCAAUCAUACCAGGCCUCCUGUGGCUUGCAAGGCUUGGGCCCCAUCCUCUUCGCCCACUUCCACCCCCUUGUACGACGUGCAUGGUGGGCCAACUUAGGGGACCAUUAUUGCAUCAAGCAGGCCUGGGUAUUUGGUCGGCCCCGAGGCUCCGCCUGCCGGCCAUUAGGGUGGACACCAGUCGCGAGGUGA